UCAAUUCAAUCCAAACUUCCUUCUUUUGUUUAUUUUUUCAUGCUUCCAAAACUGGAAUAAGAUCAACAACAAAAAUGGCGGCCGCAAACUACGGGUCGCUGACGCAGAGCUUUCUAGACAAAACCAAAGACAGAGGAGGAGCGGUUUCCAGAAAGCACUUCUCCGACUCGAUUUUCGAAGAUUCCUACUUCGUCCGCGGCAACGAAGGCUGCCUCCGCCGGAUUUAUCGCUCCAUCGGAGACAAGUUUUCCAAUUGGUGGGGGAAUAUCAAGGCCACCGCGAUUAGCGCCUACGAAAUGGGAAGAUCCGACCCGAGAAAAGUUGUCUUCGCCGCUAAAAUGGGCUCCGCUUUGUCUCUGGUUUCUGUGCUCAUCUUCUUCAAAGAGCCCUCCACUUACAUCACCAAGCACUCAAUCUGGGCUAUUCUCACUGUUGUUGUUGUCUUCGAAUUCAGCAUAGGUGCUACACUAAGCAAAGGAUCUAAUCGAGCACUCGGGACUCUUUCCGCCGGAGGACUAGCUCUGGUUAUUGCUGCCUUGUCGAAUAUGGCCGGAAGAUUUAAAGAAGUAAUGGUUGUGAUCAACAUUUUCAUUGCAGGUUUUUUGGCAAGUUACUUGAAGUUGCAUCCAGCUAUGAAGCAGUACGAAUACGGAUUCCGGGUAUUCUUGUUGACGUUCUGCAUCGUUCUAGUGUCGGAAUCGGAUUUUACUCAAACAGCUGUUUCUCGAUUAGUGCUAAUUGCUGUCGGUGCCGGUGUUUGCUUGGUCAUGAAUGUAUGCAUUUUCCCUAUUUGGGCUGGCGAAGAUUUGCAUAAGCUCGUCGUCAAAAACUUUAGAGGGGUCGCCACUUCGUUAGAAGGUUGUAUAAAUAUGUAUUUGGAGUCGAUUGAGUACUCGAGAAUACCGUCGAAAAUUCUUAUAUACCAAGCUUCAGACGAUCCACUUUACAAUGGAUACAGAGCUGCGAUCGAGUCCACUAGUCAAGAGGAGGCGCUGUUAAGUUUUGCUGUGUGGGAGCCGCCUCAUGGCCGCUACAAAAUGUUCAAUUAUCCGUGGAGCGAAUACGUAAAAGUCAGUGGUGCUCUGAGGCACUGUGCUUUCAUGGUGAUGGCAAUGCAUGGUAGUAUACUGUCGGAAAUACAGGCAUCAUCUGAACUAAGGCAGUUUUUUAAAGACGGAAUCCAAAGAGUGGGUUCCGAAGGGGCUAAAGUGCUCCGAUUGCUCGGCGAAAAAGUCGAAAAAAUGGAGAAACUCAACCCGGGGGACCUCCUCCAAGACAUCCACGAAGCCGCCGAGAAUCUACAAAUGAUCAUCGACCAAAAAUCCUAUCUUUUAGUCAACGCGGAGAGCUGGGCAGGAAUCAACGCCAAGCGCCCCGAGAAUGUUCCCGACCAGCACCAUGUCCAAGAACUAAAGGACAACGAACACAAGCCCCCAUUCUUGAUAAAGUCCCUCAGCUCCAUCAACCAACAACCGGGCCCACCGCCAUCUCUGCGCAACUACGACGCCCGCAUGGCGAACCGGAGCGUAACUCAGUCAAUCUCCGAGUGGGGCUCCGGCGAGGAUUUGCUCAGGCAGCAGACAAUGUGGCCGUCCAGGCUGUCUUUAAUCGGAGACGCGAUCUUUAACGAGAGAGAGGCGAGGACUUACGAGAGUGCAAGCGCUUUGUCGCUCGCCACUUUCACUUCUCUGUUGAUCGAGUUUGUGGCAAGGCUUCAGAAUCUCGUGAGCUCGUUCGAGGAUCUUGGAGAGAGGGCCAAGUUUGCGGACCCCACUGCUGGAUUUGCUGAGGUGGCAACGGGUCUUGGUUUCUGGGCACGGCUCGUCAGGCGGGUCAAAGGCUGAUUGCACUGGAGGUUAUAUAUAUUUUUUUAAUCUGACUUCUUGAAUUUUGAGCCGAAUAAUUAAAGCUUAAUAUGGAUUUGAUGCCACAAUUAGUGUAACUAAUGCAUUAUAAUCUUCAUGCAUAUCU